CACAGCUACGAGACUCCUAUCAGUCAGUCAGUCAGUCAGUGAGCGCGAGGCUGUAUUUAUGUGAUUUGAGUUUACCACAACAGCAUCAACCCUCAAAACAAACUCACACCCGGGAUUUUAAUUUGCGAUAUUCAAAAUGAAGGAGCCAAUACCUAUAGGCAAAGCAUCUUGAAGAGAAAGAGGCCAGUGUCAGUGUGUGAGUGUAUGUGUGUGUACGCAUGAGUGUAUGUGGAUGAGAUUUCAUAGGCCAUGUCUGUCCCCAACAAACUAAAGAGGACAGUAUGUGUCCUACUGCCCACCAAGGAGACAUUGGACAUCACAGUGGGGCUAAAAGCAACGGGUCAAGAUGUGUUUCAUCAUGUCUGUGAGCUUCUUGGGGUUAAAGAGCUGCACUACUUUGGAUUGACUUUAGUCAAAAACAAUGAGCACAUUUUUCUGGACUUGGAAGAGAAACUUGCUAAGUACUUUCCUAAGGAGUGGAAACAGGACUCAGGGAAGGGUUCACAGAGGAGGUCAAUUCCUCCCCUGCUCUGUCUGAAGGUCCAGUAUUAUGUGGAGAAUGGCAGACUCAUCUGUGAGCGUAAAGCGAGAAAACUGUACUACUAUGAUCUGCGGGAACGUGUCCUGCGCUCCGAAUGCCGACAGCAGGAGGAAGUGUAUUUCCAGCUAGCAGGAUACGCCCUACAGGCCGAUCACUCUGACCACCCCUCAGACAGCCACAGUCAGGGACACGCUGCGUAUUUCCAACCCAAAGAAUACUUUCCACCCUGGAUAAUUGCGAAACGUGGAAUUGACUACCUGCUGUGUCACGGGCCCAAGGUUCAUAAAGAUCUGUGGGGGAUGUCUUCACGUGACGCUAUCCUGCUCUUUAUCAGAGAAUCCUGCCGUCUGGAGGAUGUCCCAGUCACCUUUUAUCGCCUACAGAAGGACAAGAAAGAAGAAAAAGGUUCAGCGCUGCUUGGACUCACUUUACGAGGAAUGCAAGUGUAUCAGGAGCUGAACAAUGUGCGUGAUCUGCUGUAUGACUUCCCCUGGUUUCAUGUGGGGCGACUCACCUUUCUGGGGAAGAAGUUUGAGAUCCAGCCGGAUGGUUUGCCCUCAGCGAGAAAGCUGGUAUACUACACGGGUUCGGCUUUUCGUUCCCGACAUCUUCUGCUGCAUUUAAGUUCCUGUCACCGAUUGUACCUCAGUUUGCAGCCCGCGCUCAAACACCUGCGGCAGCUGGAGGAGACAGACGAGAAGAAGAGGUACCGUGAAUCGUACAUCAGUGACGAGCUGGACCUGGAUCAUCCGUGCAGCGAGGGCAGUCCUCGUCUGUCUCGACACUCCACCAGCAGCUCUGGCAUUGAGGCGGACACCAGGCAAAACAGUGUCUCUGUAGAGAUGGUUUCCAUGGACGAGAAGGAAAAGUCCUUCGUCUCUGCUGUCAGUCACGGCUCCUCACACACCUCUGGCAUCGACAUGAGCAGCAAAGCUCGGCUGGAUGAAGAUGAGUGGCAGGAGGAAGAUUUGCAGGAUGUGGUGAAGGAGCCUGGGGAGGUCUCUGUGGACGAUCCUUUGGAUAUCUUACGAUUGGCUGAGCUGCUGGAGGGCGUGUCCGUCGACUGUCCCACCAUCCAAUCAAACACUGAAUUCAAAGGUUUACAAAUGAGUUCAGUUACAGUCAACGAUCAAGUGGACCAUUGUGAUCCAGACAGCAUGAAACAGGUUUCAAAUCAGAAGUCUCGUAACCCCGCUGACCGCUACAGUCUGAGUCUGGAUGACGUGCGACUGUAUUCCCCUCUUCUCCCUUUGGGAACGCAAUCGGUUCCAGACACCUCUGUCAGCUACACGUUUGGGCUUCCACAUUCCCCAACCAGCCUGUGUCCAGACAAUACAUCAUUUAGUGUCCAGCGCUCCACGAACUGCCUAUCUCUGGACCUGCUGGAUGAUAAUCAGGCACUUGAGCUUGUCCUUUAAGGAACUGAAAAAGACUACAGCUUCCUGUUGUCUGAAGCACUAACAGGACACAUUUUCAUCAGGAAUUUUGUUCAAACUCAACCAACGCUCAGAUGUGUUUCUAUGCUGAUCAACAACAGGACAAUAUGAACAAUUGUGGGUUGUUUUAUCGAUUAUACAACAUGUAGAACUUUUUACAGAAUGUGUUUAUAAAUAAUCUUAGAAGUGUCGGGCAUUACCAUGCUAAAACCUGUCCUUGAUAAAAUGAGUUGAUAAAACCUUCUCUCUCAAUUAAAUUCUAGCCACCUGUGAAUACAAUAAGCAACAAUAGGCUCCGCCCACAGUGAACUUUCAUUGGUCCAAAUCCUGUUCUGCGGCUGAACUGUAUAUUGAACAUCAAAACAAAACAUUUUCACAUUCUUUGUGGCCAGACAAAAUACCUGUUGGUUCACACCUACUGUAGUUAGGACAUGCUGUAACGUCCAAGUUUGUUUAAGGAAGUAAACAUUUAAAUUUUAAAUUUCACAUUCACAUUUCUAAAAUGGCUUGAGAAUGUCAAACUUCGAGGAACACUCCCUGAAUUACAUUAUGAAUACAGAUAGAAGCUAGCAGAAAGUCCACUAAGAAGUGAGAAACAUGUCUUGUACUCAUGCAAUAAGAUGCCAAAUGUUCCUUUAAACAAAACUUGGAGUUCCAUUUAAGGUUUGAAAUCUCCGUUACAUUACUGAUGUCAAUGAUCUAACCACUGGUUUAAUAUAAUAUCACAUAGUUCUUUACUACACAAGUAUUGAACCUUUAAAAGAACAAUAAGUACAACGACUCGUUUGCUCUGUACAGAUCAUGUUUGUUUGUUCUGGAUACAUGGAGCUCUUUUAAAUUCAAUAAUUACAAAACACACACCAAGCCGUCAGAGGUUGUGUGCAUAAUGUUGGGUGUAAUCUUUAUCUAUGUAUUGUAAACACACAUCCUAUUAAAAGUAUGCCCAUAUAUGUGUUCCUUUCAGUGAAAGGAAAAAUGUAUAGUAUGAAUAAACAUAGCUGGUGUUAAAUUCAGUAGUACAA